AUGAAGAAAAAGUAUAAAACCAAGUUUCCAGUGGCAAGAAUCAAAAAGAUUAUGCAAUUAGAUGAAGAUGUUGGAAAAGUGGCUCAAGCAACACCCAUUUUGAUCUCAAAAGCAUUAGAAUUAUUCAUGCAGUCAUUAAUCGAUCAAGCAUGUCAAGAAUCACGUUCAAGACAGGCAAAACGUCUAACAGUAGCUCAUUUGAAAAAGGCAAUUGAAAACGUAGAACAAUUUGACUUUUUAAAGGAUAUUGUUGCAAAUAUUCCAGACCCUUUAGAACCUAGCGAAGAAAAUGGAGGUCAGAAGACUAGAUCGAGUCGAAAGAGUGCAGCGAGAAACGUAAAAGAGGAAUAA